AUGAAUAAAGAAAAUGAAGUAAUUAAUUUACCUGAACUUACUUGCAAAGCACAUACCAAUAAAAAAGUAUAAUUUUAUGGAAUUAUUCAAAAUAGGCAAAAUAUAAAGUGAUUGGAGUACCUUUUGCUAAACCUAAAUUUAAUUUGACUGAUUUGAUCUGUUCAAAAUGUGCAAUUGUACUUAUAAGUUAAGGUUAUAAAGUAUUUUAUUUGAUGAAUAAAGAUAGAAGAUAUUUAAAGUGAUUAAACAUCUAUGAGACAAGAAUAAAUUCAAUAAUUUUUAGAAACUAUAUCAUAAACCUUUUUGAUUAUUGAUUAAAAUGGAUAAUAAUUAAGUGAAAAAAAGUAUGACUUAGUUAGAUUUUGUGAAAAGUAAAAGGAUAAAGUUAAAGAACACUAUCAUUAAAUGGUCAUAGCAUUAGAUAAUAAAUUAAAAGAAUAGAUAGAUUAUUUGAAUGAAUUGUAAUUAAAAGCAGUUGAAAUAUUUGAUUUAAAAUAAUAAGAAAUAAAAGAUAAUCACAAUGAAUUAGUUUAAAUGUAUAGUGAUAUCGAAGUUAACCUUGAUAAUAUAAUAAUGCAAAUUGAAUGUCUACCUUAUAAAUAAAUUAUGGGAUAAUACAAUAAGAGAGUCUAAGAUAUAUAGUUAUAAUUAUAAAAGCUUGAAAGUUCUCAUGUACAUCUAGGCAGAGUUUAUAAAAAAGUGAAUGAAAAUAAAGUUCUUGGAGGUUUGUUUGAUGAUUGUGAAUUAGAAAUUAAAAUAGUUUAGACUACAUUAUUAAAGAAUGAUCAAUAAUAAAUAUAAUCUACUUAAAGGGCUACAUCUCCUUAAUCAAUUUAAAUUACAUACUCUACAACUUAAACUCCUGAUAAAUAAAGAUCAAAUAGUUAACCUAGUAAAUUCUUAGAAAUAUUAAAUAAAGUAAAUGAAAAUUAAUUAAAAACAAAUAACUAUUAUACAUAGCUAUUAAAAAGAGAUUAAUCAUUUGAUCUUAAUGAUAAAUAUUGUUCACCAACUUUUAAGAAAUGA